UUUUAUCUGGACCUUGAGUCUGUAAAUAAAGAAAUAUCAAUGGUUUUUGAAAUAGCUGCUACAUGCCGGUCCAGCAGGGGGCAGUAACGCGCCUAGCAACAGCCUCGCAACCACGAAGAAGACGCGGUCAGAGGUGAAAGUUGACUUCGGUAAAAACAUGGUUGAGCACGGGGAUAUCCGCGUGGUUCACCGUGGCGGCAGUAAAAUAAACUUCAGGGAGCCUGUCAUAACCCAUGACUCAAGGUAUCUGCUAUGCGCCUCGGGGGAGUGUGUGAAGGUGUUCAGCACCUCCACGGAGGAGUGUAUCCACGACCUGCGGGGACACACCGGCCUGGUGACGGGUGUGCUGCUCAAACCCUCCAACCACCUACAGGUCUACUCUUGCUCAGCAGAUGGCACUGUCAGACUUUGGGACUACACAGACGGCAUCCUUAUUAAGACGUACGUCAUUGGAUACCCGGUUUACUCCAUCUGCGCAUCGGCAACCCACGAAAAAGUUAUCUUCAUCGUUACUCCCACGCUCAGUGACAAAAGAUCUGAUUUAUUCCAGCUGGUUGCGGUAGAUCUUCCACAGAGCGGCGAUCAGCUGGUGGAGGCCCGAGAGCUUUCUGCUGUGCUCAGCGAUGUCAGCUCCAACCCAGCGGCCAUUGUCUUCGGCAGAGGGGGGGAAUAUAUUGCUUCAGCUAAAGGUUUGCAUCUGGAGGUCUACUUCUUCAAGAAGCAGAAGUCAUACAGGUUUUCCCUCAAAGAAGACAACAAGAAGGGAGGCAAGAACACAUUCACGUGCGUCGCCUGUCAUCCAAAAGAUGACUGCAUUGCCACGGGGCAUGAAGACGGAAAGAUCCGCUUGUGGAGAAACUUCAACCACAAGAAGGAGUACACAUACUCCACCUUGCACUGGCACCACAGUGCUGUCAGCUCGCUGUGCUUCACCCCAGAAGGCACCAACCUGUUGAGUGGAGGCAUGGAGUCGGUGCUCGUCCAGUGGCGAUACAACCAAGAGGCCGAGCGGGACUUCCUGCCCCGCCUGGGUUCGGCCAUCACCCACGUCACUGUUUCACCUGACGGAGCGUUGUUCUGCACCUCACACAGUGACAACAAGAUUACGAUCAUCCAGAGUUGUGUUAAAGUGUCAGCUGUCAUUCAGGGCCUGGUCAAAGGAGAAAGUGUGAGGACAGACUUGAUGGUGGACCCACGCAGCAAAUCCCUGGUGCUGAAUGGGAAACCAGGCCACCUGCAGUUUUACUCCCUCCAAAGAGACAAACUGCUGUAUAACCUGGACAUAGUGCAGCAGGAGUACAUCCAUGAGUCGGGCCUGGAGCAGUUUGAGGUGGUCGAGGCGUCCUUCGAUGCCUCUGGCAGCUGGCUGGCGACCGUGGAGGAAAGAAAACAGAGAGACGCGGAGCUGGAGCUCAACUUAAAACUCUGGGCGUUUGAUGAACAAACACAGAGUUUUGUGCUGAACACGACCAUCUCGGCCCCCCACGAGGCACGGAUUACAGCCAUGUGCUUCUGCCACGCCAGCGACAGCCAGACCACCAUGCUGGUCUCCACCAGCAAGGACGGACACUUCAAAGCCUGGCAGCUGGCCGCGCCGGCCCACACGGAGGCAGAUGACGGUCCUUCCUGGUCAUGUGACUUCGUGGGAGCCUAUCACGGCCUGGUGCCCGAGUGCUGCUGUUUCUCAGCCGACGGGUCUUUGCUGGCCGUCAGCUUUCAGGAGGUGGUGACUGUGUGGAGCCCGGCUUCCUGGGAGCUCCUGACAACUCUGUCCCAGCCGCCAAAAGCUGUCAGGGAUCUUUGUUUUGGGCGACGAAGCUGUUCCAAGUAUCUGCUGGGAACCACGGGCAACAACCUGCUCUGCUGCUGGAACCUCCUCACCUGCUCACUGGAGUGGAGCACCUCGAUGGACGUCAGCCUGCUGCUGGCUGACCCCCUCACCGAGAACAUGGCCGCCUUCUGCUGCCAGGCCGGCUCCACCGACCUGUUUGUUUUUAAGCCCAGCGAGCCGCGGCCCGUGUUUUCCCAGAAGGCCGUGUGUUCGGGGAAGGUGACCCGCGCUGUCUUUGCCCCGAGGGAGGAGCUGCUGGAGAGCUGUGAGGAGAGCAGCCAGUGGCUCAACCACUCCCAGCUCUACUUCCUCACGCCCUACAUGGACCUCAUGACGUUCACCACCAAGGCGGAGGAAGACCGACUGAUGGCGUCCAGCAAACAGCUUGUAAUCGAUGACACUGUCGCCAUGACACCAUUCUACCUGUUGCUGGGGAAACACCGGCAACAGGAGGACCCUGACCCAAUGAGUGGCCUGUCUGCUGAGAGAAGGCCUCUGCCGCAGGGCUCUGGUGCUAUCAGAGAGCUUCUGCAGACACCGGCCCACGUCUUGCCCUCUACGUCUUUCCUCUGCUCCAUGUUUGUAGAGUCCCUGCUCAUCUCCGUCACCGACGGCAGGGAGGAAACUAAACCUGCAGAGGAGGAAAUGGAGAGCGAGAAAGAGGAAGAAGAUUCAGAAGGGGAAACGGAGCCAGGCACCCAGAGACAGGAGGAGGCGUCGCUGGGGGGCCAGGAGGCCCCCGCUUUGACAAAGACCCAGCUUAGGGAACUGAGAAGGGUGAAAAAACUGGACCACAGCUGGUUCACAGGCCUCCUGCAGUCUUGAGCAUGACCCUGUGGAAAGACACUCUUACACACACACACACACACACACACACACACACACACACACACACACACACACACACACAUGCCUAUAGGAAGUUUUCAGCACAUCAGUGGGUUUAAAGAAAUGAUUUAUUGUGUUACGUCAUAUCAGAAUGGAUUUCUUUUGGAAAGGA